AUGGAUGCCGGCGCGGUGAACGUGAACGUGACGGCGGACGACUUCGACAGCAUCCUCACAUACGCCGACCAGGGCUCGUGGACAACGCCAGACCCGUCGAGCAAGGCGUUUUCCGCGGCGGGCAGUCCAUGGCUUAUGGGCACUUUCCACUCCACGGACGUCGUCGGUGCCGGCGUCAGUAUGAACUUCACCGGCCCAGCGGUCACUAUUGUCGGCGCAUCUGGCCCGGAGUAUGGCUCGGUGGAGGUGGUGCUUGACGGGCAGGCAACAGUCCACAGUGCGUACGCUACGAGUAACGCGUCGGCACCAUAUAUCCUCUACAGCACCGCCAGCCUCGCAUAUGCCCCCCAUACGCUUACGCUGCGCAAUCUGGGGAAGCAGGGCUCGGAUGCGGGUGGAAAUAGGUUCUUGCUGGACUUUGUGAGGACCGUGGUGCAGGUGGCGCCGGCUGGCGCGACCGUCACGAACCAGACAUUGGAAGAGACCGACCCGCGGAUCAAGUACUCGGGCACUUGGGGCAACAACAAGUCGCCCAACUUCGGCGGAGGCGGGACGACGUUUACGAACGACGAUAACGCCAGUUUCGAGCUCGAAUUCAGCGCCUCCGCGAUCUAUGUCUUCGGCGACAAGAAGAACGACCACGGGCUGUACACCGUAACGCUCGACUCGCAGCCCGCACAGACGCUCAGCGGCAUUUCUGGCUGCGGUGGUGCGUUUGGGAUGACCUGCGAGCAACAAGCGCCCACUCUGAAGUACUUCGCGUCCAACCUCGCUGCCGGGACGCAUAAAAUCACGCUCACGAAUCGCGCGGGGGUGAACCAGUCGUUCUUCGACCUGGACAGCAUCGUCCUCACUGUGCCCUCCGUUUUUGCACCACGCAACUCUUCCGCCGACGGAAGCCACAGCUCCGCGCACGGGUCGGCAUCUUCUUCAGCGCCAUUGGCACACCAAUCAACGUCGCAUGCGCUGCCCACCGCCGGCCUCCCCUCAUUCAUUCAUCUGUUUUUAUUUGUGUUUUUGUGUGCACAUAUCGUGCGACAUCACUAA